AACUAUGUCAUAAUUUUCAGUAAUAUUUUUAAAUAAAUUUAUAAAGAAAUCUUUUAAAAAUGUUAACUAGCUGCUGCUAUUUCUUUACCCUGAAGAAGGGAUGCUUUAUCAUAGCCAUAUCAACUGCAUUGAUGUACGGUCUUUCCGCAUUUACUAUGGCUCUCUUUUUGACAAAUCAAUUACCAGAGGCCAUGUUGAAUGAAUACUUAAACAGUAAUGUUCAAUUGCGGAUCUUCAUUGGAUCAAUAGUGUUACUGUUGAGUGCAUGCUCUCUAUUCUAUGGCACAUUUCAGGAGAUUCCAUUCUUUCGUAAUCCCUUGGCUAUUGCUGGUUUGUAUUCACAUCCUCAGCAUGCUGCUCACACUCUUUGUGGUCAUUUAUAAUUAUGCGCCAAUAUUUUUAAUAAUUUUUAUGGUCUUUACACUAGCCAUUUACAUUUACUUUUGGAUAAUUGCACUAUCAUUCCUGAUUGCUUUACUCUACAUCAAAUAAUUUCAAAAUUAUUUUAUAUAUAUUUUAUGUGUGGAAAUAACUGUCUAAAUUGGAAGUAAAUUAUCUUAAUUUUCUAUCAUAAAGACUUGCUUGUAAUAUGUUCCUUCGGCGCUGCUGUUUUUGUGUGCCACUUCGAACUGCUUCUGAAAUCAUUGGCACCUUGUACCUGGGCUUCUUCUUUACCGAGAUGUCCGUUCAUGGUCAACAGUCAAUUUUUAUAUGCGCUAAGAGCCAAAAAUGGGAUGUGCUGCAAGCAGCUCUUCUAACAUCAGGCGUCAUCUCUUCAUUGAUGUUAAUCUAUGGUUCUUAUAAGGAAAAUCGAUGCUUUGUCUUGGUCUGGCUAAUAGACUUUCUCAUCAUAUUCAUAGCGUAUGUGGUGUUGACCAUUCUAGAUGUUGCGAUUUACCAUCCCCUGUUAGUCAUCAUUAUAAUUGAGUGUUGUAUAUUGGUAUCUAUGCUUUAUGCUCUGAUUAUUGUUAGCUCCUUUUAUCGUCUUCUUCGAUCGCUAGCGACCGAAGCCGUUCAAAUUUAAUCAAAAUCGUACCGAAGUUAAACUAAACGU